GAUACCUUUGCUGAGCUUUACCUUUCAACCACAAACCCUUUUCUCUCCACAUCAAAAGUACUUUUGUUCCAGGGAAACGAACGACCUGCCAUCGUGCCGCGUUGUAUAACAACCAGCGUUUCCCCUCUCGCUCUCUGGCACCACUCCAUCUCUACACGAUCUAUGGCUUCGCCUUUUGAAAAAUAGUACAAACGAAUCAACGACACGUAUCAAUCGAUCGCUUUACACAAUCCGUCCCGUCAAAUACACAUCAUUACUCGAAUCAAACUGUAACCUGUAUUCGAGAUCAGACCAACACACUUACUUGCCAAUACCUUUUCGUCAAAGUUUCCUGUUUACUUACAUUGGCUCUUACCGGCUUGUCAACCACGUUGCCGCAACAUAUAACCUAAAAUGCCUAAGAGAUCCCUUGACGUCGCCAACAUGGGUGGUCCCAACGCCAAGCCUGCGCCCGCGCGAAAGACUGAGCGAUCCCAUGAGGAGAACCAAGAGCGAGCAUAUAUCGCUGCCUCAAGGAGAGCGGACCGAAGCAUUGAAGCCCGCGUCCAAUCUGCCAAGAUGGCCAGCGAAAUUCAUAAGAAGCGAACCGGCAAGGCUUUCCGUAUAACAGAAGAAAUCGUUAUGAAGGAGGAGAUGUACGAAGAGGAAGAUGACGACUUUCCCCGAUCUUACCGGCUUCUCAAGUCCAACAUGCAAACUCCCAACGCCGAGUUUAAUGCUAGAGUGGACGCUUACCUUACCAACCGCGUGGCCAUGUCACAGCUUCUAUCUGCCACUGAGGCUGAUUGGCGCAACAACGAGAUUAACCAGACUUUUGCUCAAUUCUUCCCACAAGCCCAGCGUCAAGCUCAGUCAAUGUCACACCGUUGGUCAACGCCAGGCUACUCAGUACCUCAGCCUCAGAAUAACCAUGUGUCGAGCCCCAUGGAGCAGCAUUUUGACCCAAACUUUCAGACUGUCAACUAUGCACCACAUCAACCAACUAGACACAACGAGCGCAAUCAUUCAAUGUCGGGCCUGUCUCCCACCGAAUCAAGAAACGACGGUCCGGUAUCGCCACCAGCCCUUACUCCUGGCUCAGGUACUCACCCCGAGACGCCUCAGUCUCGCUGCGCUUCUACCUUUGGAAACGUUCAGCCGCCACCUGUGAUGGAUUUCAGCCAUGACGGUUCUGCAUUCACCACAGAGCUACCUGCUGAGGCUAAGAUGCUCUUGGGUGGCGUUGGCAUGAACGAUUUCAACCCCACGCUUUAUGGCGAACACCAGAAUUGGGGUGCCCAACAGCCAUUCCACUAUGGCGAGGAUACCAAAUACUUUAAGGAAGAGGAUAGUGAGCUUGAUACUGGUUACGGAAAGUACCCCGAUCCCGACACAAUGAACUGGGACGAUGCCAACUUCGCGACGCCUACCAAGUAUUCCACCGAUGAGCAGGAGCCUUCUUGGGACUCGUAUAUCAACGACACAGCAUGGGUCACUGAGCAACAGCAAUAAGACGUUGCUCGGCAUAUUUCCCGGCUUUUUCCUAAUGAUUUUAUGAUACUAUUUUCUGCGAUCAUGUACAGUGUUUAACAAUUAUUACAACAACACUGCUGCUGCUGCUGCUCAAUUCGUUAGAGCAAGGCGACUCGAUGUUUAAGGCGCUUGGGCGAUUUGGCAUGCUUGGACAUACCCAAGAAAAAACAGGACUUGGAGGCACUUUUACCGCAUUUUUUAGAAUAACGAAGAGGCUUCCGCCAGGUGUUUGGAGGCGCAUAACUGUAUUUAUUAGUAGGACACAUGGUUAUCGUGCGCAUGGAGGUUGGGACGAUAAUAUUUACGAUACCGCUCAAACGGAGCCGAAAGAACCUUUUUCUCCUUUGCGGUGUUGACGAGGUUGUUUAUUUUGUGUUUCCAACCGGUCGAUUGGUCUCCUCGUCUUUGGAUGAGUUGAGAUUUCGGUUUGCAAUUGAGAUAUCCUAGUCGGGCACAAUUCUUGUAUACAAAAGAAGUACAAGAAAGGGACUAAAAAGUCUCAGGUCUGUUUUAAAAUUAAUAAAAAUCUUGGAUAUAA